CCCAGAGUCAGAGCUCUUCACGGCAUUCACCUCCAACCUCAACCAAACAACCAGCAAGAUGACUAGUCUCUCCGCCAAGGACAAGGCAACAGUCCAGGCCUUCUGGUCUAAAGUGUCAGGCAAGGCCGGGGACAUCGGCGCUGAUGCUCUGUCCAGGAUGCUGGUGGUGUACCCCCAGACCAAGAUCUACUUCUCCCACUGGAAGGACUUGAGCCCCGGCUCUGCCCAGGUGAAGAAGCACGGAGCUACUGUGAUGGGUGGAGUUGCACUGGCUGUGAGCAAAAUUGACGAUAUGACAGCUGGUCUUCUGAACCUCAGCGAGCUUCACGCCUUCACUCUGCGUGUGGACCCUGCCAACUUCAAGAUUAUCGCUCACAACAUCCUUGUGGUCUUGGCCAUCAUGUUCCCCGCCGACUUCACUCCCGAGGUCCAUGUGAGCAUGGACAAGUUCCUGGCCUCCCUGGCUCGUGCCCUGUCUGAGAAGUACCGAUAAACAGCAACAUGCAGCAUGCAGCUGAAGGCGGACGGGCAGCUUGGAUAAUCCUUGUCAGUCUGAAUAUUUAAAUAAAGUAUCAAACGCAGUUGAA